UCCGAUUGCUCGAUGAAAUUUCGCGGAACGUUUUGUGCUCUUCCUUGUGUUCUUCUGCGGUCUUUCUCAAUGAACUGCAAUAUUGAUGAAAACAAUCUCUUUCCUGGAUACCAGUUUAUUACCGACACAUUUCGGCUAUCCCGCGCACUUCGGUCCGCACUGUUUUCUUCCUGAAGCGGAAUUUCGAAUUGUUUGGCGCUUUUUGCGCUGCAAUCGAUGCAGUUUCCGCCAUUUAUACCACAAACUUCUACUAGAUGAAAAUGUUCGGGCCGGAUUCGCAGCAUCUCAUGGUCCGGCCAACAACGCACAACCUCUACACAGCUUAACACGAGCGAUAAAGACGAUCCUCCAUGGGUUUGCUCUCAAUAAGCAUCUCCCCUCAAGACUGGUGAUUGCAUCUUCUGGAAGCGGGGCACCACACCCUAUAUCACCUGAUGCAUAUUUUACCACUGUACUUCAGGCAUCCUUCAGAUUCCAAAGGAAAUUCGUCGUGUGUCCCAGCCAUGGUCGUGAAUUGUUCAGCUUUUUGUAUUUUGAAGAUGAUAGCGACUCUGUGUCCAGCGUCGAGUUGGAUAGUUCUUUGCGCACGAAGAUAGUUCCAAGAGGACAUUCCCAUUUUUUUCAAUCAUGUGCGCUCCAUGCCAACGACCAGACAACUGACGAAAAUGACUCUAAGCAUGUCGCAUUCACUCCCAUCCGAGUGUUUGCGGUAGCAGCAAAGGGAGUGUUGACGACCACCUUGGAAACCCAUACCUAUUGUAACAUAACGCCAAAUACAUGGUGCAAUCCGAUUCCAAAUGAGUCGGUACUUUUCAGUGAGAAAACUUGUUUGUCACGGCUUGAAGAAAUUAACCACAAAUGGAACUUGGCGUAUCAGUCCACCGAAGUCGAAGGACAAAUGGUUUUCGCUGCUGCAAACUCGAACCGUUUCGUUCGUUUCCCAGCACCCAACGUAGUUUCAAAGGUUCAUAAUUUGAUAACCUACGCGACCGCCUUACGUCUUGAGCGACGCAAUCGUAUUUGGGAACUAGAGGCUCAGCAUCGACUUUUCGAUCGUUAUCGGCGGCUGUUGAGUGAAGGUCAUGAUCCAUCCGCAGCUACAGAAUUAUCCCAGACCUUCACCGAAGAUGAAGAAGAAGAGAUCACUAACUGCCGCACGGCAAUAACACGGAAUGCCGAUNACGUUCGUUCGUCGGGUACCAAGUCGACAAAUUGUAUAGAACGGAAUAACUGCGGCUCCUGGACUCCAGUCGAUCCAGAGCCUGUCACCUUUACUUACCAAUCGACUGGAACUCAGAUGAAAAUGCAUGUUUAA